AUGAUCGGCAAACGAGACAGUGUUAUGUUGGACGUGGAAAUAGAAUGCGAGAUGAACACUAGAUUACUUAAUGACAUGGAGUGGUUCGUGUUAUCAGGUGAGACGCCACGUAAAGACAAGGGGCUGCGUCGCGGCCCUCGCGGGAAACCUUGGCGCAUUCUAGACAUUUGCACUUGGAUCGGUCGAAAGGGCUACCAGUCGAUAACCGGCCUAUAUUCCGAUAUACUUCGUGAUCCAACGGAUGAGUGUAAAGGCAGCUGUGAAAGUUUUAUGGUGGAAGAAAUCAAAGAGUUGAGGAGAUUCCUAGAAGAGUUAAAUACGAAACAGUCGCGCUUGUCCCAAGAGAACGAGGAUCUGAACGAAAAAGUUAAGAAGAUGACUAUCAAAAUUGAGGAAUUGGAAAGUAAACUGAGCCGUCAAGAGAUCAGUGCGGUGCCGGUCAAGGGACCACCCCCGCCACCACCGCCACCCCCUCCGCCUCCGCCGCCACCGCCACCACCACCGCCGCAGCCGGUCAGCAGGCCACCAGUGCGCUCGAACACGAUCCCGCGUUGCGGCUCUGCCCCGCCGAGGAUCACCACCCCCCGUCUCACCAUAACCCCCGAAGACAUAGCCAACGUAAAACUGCGCAAGGCUAAGGACAACCCGUUGCGCUCUAAACCCCCGUCGAAAGAGAACCAGCCCCUGGUUACGAAGGACAUGCUUCAGUCGACGCGCGCCAAGCUCGGCCGCUCACGGCCGGUGGCCGCCUCAACGCCGAAGCAGCAGCUAACCGAAUUGGAGAAGUGCCUGCUGCAGGAGACGUCGGCGACGUCGCUGUUCCGGCGGCGAGUGGCGCGUAACUCGUUCCGCAGCGCGGAGGAGCUGCGCGUGCGCCCCUACCCCGCCCGCUCGCCCCGCUCCCCGCGUUCCCCGCGCACCAAUUCCCUAUCGCGCGCCACAACCAUCGCCCCCAUCAAGUUCCCCCUACUCUUAACGAAUAAAGAA